AUGGCCGACAAAACCCCAUUCAGAGUGGUUAUUAUUGGAGGCAGUGUGGCUGGUCUCGUGUUGGGCAACAUGCUUCAGCUGAACGGAAUCGAUUUUGUCAUUCUGGAGGCCUACCCGGCCAUAGCGCCCCAAGUUGGGGCUAGCAUAGGAUUGCUUCCUAAUGGCAACCGAAUCCUCGACCAAUUGGGAUUAUUUGACAAGAUUCUGGGACUAGCGCCUCCGGUUGAGCGGUUCAAUUUUCGCAAUAGCAAGGGCGAGAGAAUCGCGGGUCAUUCGGGAAUGAGACAUUCUUUCGAACAGAGACAUGGAUAUCCUAUUUUAUUUCUCGAUCGACAGGCGGUGCUAAAGGUGCUGUAUGAUAAUAUUAGGGAUAAGUCCAAGGUUCUAACCGAGAAGCGUCUGACGAAGAUCGAAAUGAAUGAGAAGGGCGUCAAAGCAAUCAUGGCGGACGGAUCGAAAUUCACAGGUGAUAUACUAGUUGGUGGUGAUGGGAUUCAUAGCAAAACUAGAUUGGAAAUGUGGAGGCUGGCUGAAGAGAAAAUUCCGGGCUACAUCCCUGCUGAGGAAGACAGUGCUCUCCCUUGCGACUACAGCUGCAUCUUCGGCAUCUCCAACCCGAUCCCCGGCCUCGAGCCUGGAAACCUACACUCCGUAUUUCGCGAGAAAAGCUCCUACCUCAUCAACGGCGGCCCCGAAGGCCGCGUCUACUGGUUCUACUUCUUCAAACACCCCACCACCCUCUACGGCCGCGAUAUCCCCCGCUAUACCAAAGCCGACGAAGCCGCCGUCCUCAAAGCCCACGAAAACGACCCCAUCACCCCCGAAAUCACCUUCAAAGUCCUGCAAGACCGCAAAAUCUCCUCCGCCCUCACCGCGCUCCCCGAAUACGUCUACAAAAAGUGGCAUUUCGAGCGCAUCAUCACGAUUGGUGAUUCCGCGCAUAAAUUUAAUCCCAUCGGUGGCCACGGCGGGAACUCUGCCUUCGAAUCUUCCGCCGCGUUUGUCAAUUCGCUCGUGAAAUUACUGAAAAUCUCCCCGAAACCCACAACUUCCCAAUUCACAAAAAUGUUCGCGGAUCUCCAAGCGCUGCGUGAAACGCGCGCGACGAUUCUGAAAGAUGCAUCGCAUGAGCAACAGUCCACCGAGGCUAUGGAAGAUCGUCUCCACAAAUUCAUCGCCCUGACUCUCUUGCCCAUCACGGAUACCGAAGACGUGAUGUUUAAUUUCUCGGGAAACCAGCCGUACGCGGAGAAAUUAGAUAUGGUUGAGCUUCCGCCCCGUCCAAAACUCAUCCCGUACAAAGAUGAAUUGAUAAAAGCCCCGGAAUUGCGCGGGGUGACCGGGUGGCUGCAAAUGGCGGUUUAUAUGGCGCUGGCGGCGUGCGCGUAUUACGGGAUGUGGACGCAUUCGAAGAACGCGGGGUUAGCGGAGGAGUUUGCCGGGAUUCUAAGGAGUCCGAGACGCGCGGCGGAGAAAGAUGCGAGAUUGGGGGUUUUGAGCACGUAUUUUUAUGGAAUGUUGGUUCAGCCGCUGGCUAUUUGGUUGGUGGAGGGUUGUCGCAAGCGUAAUGACAUGAACCUCGUGGCUGUCCCAACCAUCUGGCUCGCCCUAUCCCAAUACCUCGGCUUCGGCAUCAUCGCCCCCAUCUUCUGCACCGCCUACACCCUCUUCUCCAACGCCGAACCCUACUGGUGGCCGCUCUCCCGUCUCGUCCCAGCUCACUACAUGAAAGCCAUUCUCCCCUGCCUCCUCCUCUGCUACCAUCAUCCUCAAAAAACUCACUCCCCCACCAACCGCAACCCCCACCGCAUCCCACACCCCCACCGACAUCCUCCCCUCCGCACCCUCUACCUCACAACCUUCAUCCUCGGUCUCCUCCUCCACAUCUCAACCCUCAUCUAUAUCCUCCUCUCUCCCAACCCUAUCUUCUCUCUCACCUCCAUCUUCCUCUCCAAUUCCACUCCCUCGACUCCUCUACACACCUACUACCUCAUCAAUUUCUGGUCCUUCCACCUCGCAACCUACAUCAUGUGCUGCAACGCAGUAUGGGACAUCAAACGCGUAGGACGAACCACCAUCGAUAUCGGCAAAGCAGCUGUUCUAUUGCUUCUUGCGAAUGUGGUUGUUGGGCCCGGAGCAGCAUUGGUGGGUUGUUGGUAUUGGAGAGAAGUGCAGAUGGCUCGUACUAGCGUUUCGGCUAAGAAAUAA